CCAGAUGGGUUUUCAAUGACGAAUUUCCCGUCAACCAACAAGGAAUUCUAUAAAAAGGGAACAAUACACAUAUUUUGCAUCACUUCACUUUUCAAAGACAAAGAAGACUCAGAAAACAAAAUCAUGAAGACUGCAAUUAUUCUAGCUUUGAUAGCAUUGUUUGUUGUUGAUGUUUCCGGAGGAUGGGGAAGCUUUACAAGGGUCUUGAAAAAAGCAGGUUCAGCCGCGUUCAAAGCAGCAAAAAGCCCGACCGGUCAAACAGUGAUUAGAACUGGAUUAAACCUGCUCGGUGAUGUCCGUGCAAUUAGAGAAAUGGACGAGACUGAAAUUAAUCAAUUGUUUGAUGCAAUUCAAAUGAUCAGAGAAAUGGACGACGAUGAAUUUCUGGUCUUCGCAAAAGCUGCAAGCAUGGAAGAUUUAGAAUAAUGAGUGACAACAUGGAGUAAAGACCAAAAACUACAAUUUUUUCUGAAUAUUUGACUUAAUAUUAAUUUGUCGAAUAUUGCUAUUUUAAUCAGAUACAUAGGGCCUACUUUAGAGAAGUUAACAAUCGAAAUUUAUUUGAAAAAUAAAUGCAGUAAAUCAAUAUUUCUUAUGUUCUUGAUAUUGCUAUGUGGCUGUUUUUCGAACUAUUUUUGCCCGAAUAAAGAAAACUCUAUUGAAAA